CGUAUUAGCACCCAACUCGAACAAACUUAACCGUCUCUACAUAAACCCUCGCAAUCUGUCGUCGUCGCCCCAACCCUGCUGUUUCUCCGAUUUAGACCAAUCCCAAUCAAAUUUCUCCGCCGCAUUAUCUUACCUCGCCGCCGCCGUCGAUAUGUCUCAGGUUGACAACAGAAAUUCAUCAGCAGCCAAGCGAGCUAGAACCGACGGGAGUAGAAGGGAGGAUGAUUGGACCUGCCCUGCGUGUGGGAAUGUGAAUUUCUCGUUUAGAACAACUUGCAAUAUGCGUAAUUGCACUCAGCCGAGGCCGGCUGAUCAUAACUCUAAAUCGGCUGCUAAGCCUUUCCAAGCCCCACAACCUUACUCUUCUGCUCCUCCUUAUGUGGGUUCUGCUGCACCCUCCUCAAUGUAUCUUAGUGUGCCUCCAUAUGGUUCUUCUCUGUUCAAUGGAUCAUCCAUUCCUCCCUAUGAUGUUCCGUUUUCUGGGGGAUCAGCAUAUCAUUACAACUACGGCAAUCGCCUGUCUACAGGCAGCCCCUACAGACCUCUGCAUUUGCCUGCACCUACGCCUUAUUCUAGUGGAUCCCUGAUAGGAAAUGGUGGAUUAUACGGUAUUCCUCCUAUGAUGGAUCGGUAUGGCCUUGGACUUCCCCUGGGCCCUGGUCCUAUGGGGCCAAGGCCAGGAUUCUAUCCCGACGAUAAAUCUCAAAAGAAGAGUGCAGAUGCCACACGCGAUAAUGACUGGACGUGCCCAAAAUGUGGAAAUAUCAACUUUUCAUUUAGAACUGUUUGUAACAUGAGGAAGUGCAAUACGCCAAAACCUGGAUCUCAGGCUGCAAAGAAUGACAAAAGUGCAAAGCAAAAGAUGCCGGAAGGUAGCUGGAAGUGUGAGAAAUGUAAUAACAUAAACUAUCCGUUCCGAACCAAGUGUAACAGACAGAAUUGUGGAGAGGACAAACCAACCGAGUCAAAGAAGUCCUCUUCACCUGCUCCAGAUGAAAAUGAUCAGUGAGUACUAGGACAUAUUUGAGGGUUGAGAAGGUCCAGAGUUGUCAUCCAGCAUUGCUCAAUAUUGGGUGUCUGAAAGUCAGUCUUGUCGUCCUCAUGUUGCAGCGGUUAUCGAGUUACUCUACCUUAUCAUGAUUUGUGUCAAGUUGUUGUAUUAACUGCUAUGGUAUUUGUGGUCUUUGUGGAUCGUACAAUGCAUCUUGUGUCAGCCAGUAUUAUCUGGCAAAGAUUUUACAGGUUGGUUCUGGUUUCUAUUAGUUAGACUUUACUUUGAAUCAACUCAUCUAUUCUAGUGAGUAUGUUACUGGCUGGGCAAAAGGUUUCUGUAGUCUGAUUUUUUCUGGUUUUCAUUUGAUCUCAAAUUGUCUAAAUGUCUUUGAAGUAUUUAUGAUCUAACAGAUGCUUCUGUUAUCAGUA